GGUAGAAGCGCAGUUCUCACGCUGCUGCUGCUGGAUGCAUUGGAAAGCCCUUCCCUUGAAACAUAGCGAAUAUGUAGCGGAGAAAAAAAACGUAUGCAAUCUGUUUACUUCUCGUCAUCGACUGUGUGCUUUAUACACAACUGAACAACACGAGACAAAGCUGCAGAUCGGAACAUUCAAGGGAUCACCUCGUUCUUUGAGGGCACCUUAAAGCUUCCCAAGCCCUCUGAUCUUCAGGGUGGGCGCCUUCGGCUGUCUGUCGCUCAUCAAGCUAUCACUGUAGUGUUGUCAGGCCCUGGUGGCAGACUGAAAAGUUGCAGCAGAAACACAGAGGAAGUGGUCUACCUUAGGGCAUCUCAACUCAGAUUCCCACAGCUUUGAUGCAGCACAGUGUCGAAAUCAAUCCAAGAUGACGGAAGAGGUGAUUGUCAUCGCCAAGUUUGAUUACAUGGCCCAGCAGGACCAAGAGCUGGACAUUAAGAAGAACGAACGCCUCUGGCUUUUAGAUGACUCCAAGUCGUGGUGGCGGGUUCGCAACGCUACCAACAAGACGGGCUUUGUGCCGUCCAACUACGUAGAAAGAAAAAACAGUGCCAGGAAAGCCUCGAUUGUCAAGAACCUCAAAGACACUUUAGGAAUCGGUAAGGUGAAACGGAAAGCAGGCAUGCGUGACACAGCCUCCAACGCCGACUCUGACUUCUACCAGGACAACGGCGAACGUCUGUAUGACCUGAACCUCCCUGCGCUUGUCAAAUUCAGCUACAAUGCCGAGCGAGAAGACGAGCUGUCGCUGGUUAAGGGGACGAGGGUCAUAGUCAUGGAAAAGUGCAGCGAUGGUUGGUGGAGGGGGAGCUACAACGGCCGGUCGGGCUGGUUCCCGUCCAAUUACGUGACGGAGGAUGCCGACGGAUCGGCGAGCAACGACUCGGCCGGGCUGUCGGAGAAGUUAGCCGCCGUCGUUCACAGUGCGAACGGCAAUCGGGUGCUGCACACGGUACAGGCACUCUACCCGUUCAGCUCGGGCAACGACGAGGAGCUGAACUUCGAGAAGGGAGAGGUUAUGGAUGUUGUGGAGAAGCCGGAAAACGACCCGGAGUGGUGGAAGUGUCGCAAAGCCGACGGUCAGAUGGGACUCGUGCCAAAAAACUACGUCACUGUGCUGCAGGAGUCGCACAACUCGGCCAGCAUGGCCGGGCCACCCACGCCAGACUGUGACUACAUUGAGCCUUCCUCCAGCGGACGAUUCGCUGGCAAGCAGUGGUACUACGGGAAGGUGACGCGUCAUCAGGCGGAGGUGGCACUUAACCAGAGAGGCGUAGAGGGAGACUUUCUCAUCCGAGAUAGCGAGUCUUCUCCCAAUGACUUUUCAAUAUCGCUGAAAGCGCCGUCCAAAAACAAGCAUUUCAAAGUCCAACUGAAGGACAACCUGUACUGCAUCGGACAGCGCAAGUUCAACACAAUGGAGGAGCUGGUGGAACACUACAAAAAAGCGCCCAUCUUCACCAGCGAACAGGGUGACAAACUCUACCUGGUCAAGGCUCUCGCCGCCUCCUGAUCCCAGUAGGAGAACCCAGUUAACAAAGACUACAUUUCCAGACAGACAGAUUGGGAAUAUCAAGCAUUCCAUUAAAGGGAGGUACAGACGGACAAUGGACUCCCGUUUAUUCGCUCGGAAUUUCUUUGUGGGAAACGCCCAAGUAUCAAAAUACAGUACGUUUAGAUCAUAGGUCAUGCAAUGGAUUUUGAUGUCAACAUGUAUUAGGAAUGACAAACUAGGUCUUUUUUUGAUAAUAUAUACACAUGUAUAUUCUUUACAUUGGUUGAAAACGAAUCCUUGAACUUUCUGCCAAUUUUUUUUUGUCUUUUACGUUUCUGCUGGUAAAGUUGAAAUGGUGGCAGAAGGCUGUUCAACACAUACUGUCUGUGUCUGCCUGCAUUGCCUGAACAACACAAAGUGAAUUUAACGUCAUUUGCUAUAUUUAUUAGGAAUCGAUAUUUCUGCCAAAUGCUCAAACAAUAAAAGUGAGUGACCAAAACUUGCUUAUUAUGAGGAUUUGUCGCAAUAUUUCGAAUAUAGUGAUUCAUCCGAUUCAAGUUUGAACUUGAUUUCAACUGCAAGAUGAUUCAGUUAUCGCCUAUGUAAGCCUUAACUUUAGGCGAUGACUGUAUGAGGGGUAAAAAUGACAGAAGUUCAACUUCCCUGACAAUCGAAAUUGGUGCAAAACAUUGCUGUUUGUACUGUUGUCAACAAGGCAUCUUGUGUCUAUACCAUCUUUGCCAUGUCAAAAGGCUAAGCUGUGAUUGCUGUUUCUUGUUCGACAUGUAUUUGAAUGAACCUGGGAGCAUGUGCAAGAGUUGUGCAACAUCUUUUUUUUUUUAGCCUGAAGAUGAACCACAGUGGUGCUUUUCUGAGUCAGUAUUGUACCAAUAAAGCUGUCUUUUCUGAUCGAGGCGAAGAUCUAGUCGGCUUCACAGAUGUGCGGUUUCGUUAUCUUUGCUCGUGCAUUUGUUGAAUGAUGUUCGGCUUGAUACUCAUUUGGUUGACAAUAGUACACUUUCUCGGAUGAGCGGACACGUGUUGUAGCUUUGAAGGUCAUUGAACGGAGCAUUGUUCGCUUAAGGAAGAACCCACCUCGCUUUGCGAUCGAAAUCCACAGAGUCGCUUCCUUAUGUUUUCCAUCGGGUUGAUAAAUGGCUGAAGGUGCUGAGAGAUGCAUCACUGGGGAUCUGGCCUUUAUAUGUCAAAUUGUGCAGAUAAGGAUGUUUGGAACGUCGCGGUUUCAAUUUGGAACAACAUGGAAGUUCCUUUUUAUUCCCUGGACUGAGCUUUUCUCAUCACUACGACCGUGAUCGCUUCUCCAGCUGUUUUGGAGUCGGACUGGGGUACGACUUGAAGAAUGGGGAUUUUUAAGGGAGUGUAAGAUUGCUGAAGCUCCUGGAGUAUAGUAUGGUAAAUGUUAUGGUUGGAGUGGACAUCUGAGAUGUGGAGCAAAAAGGACAUUUUGUUGUUUAGGACUGUGGAUAACUAGUUUUGCUUUACCUUCUUGGUCUUGACCAAACACAGUACUAAACUUAACUCGUUUAUAAUUUUGUACGUAUCCAUAUUAGCAUCUGGGCUAAUUGAGUUAGCUUCUACCAAGUGACGGAUGAAUUGGCUAAAAUACUAUAUUUCUGUAUAACGGACAUAUGGCCUUUAACACUAACAACUAAAGAUAGGGGAAGUGUUUUUCUUGCGGUCUCAUUAAGACCAAUUUGUCAUUGAAUGCCGCUGGUUCAGCAUGAUAGUCCGACCACGUAGUUUGUUUUAUCGUGCCUUCAUCUCAGUUGCUGGAACCAAAGUUUUGGUGUUCCUCUAUGCUUUUUUAAGACACACAUUUUUGUUUGAGUAUUGCUUUGCAUGUGCGUAACACAUCCCUGAUAUGUGACUGAUGUAAAAGGACCAUGUACUCUUCAUGCAAACCUCCUGUUGGGGAACUGAUCAUCAUCAUACGCUUAAACUUGUCUACUGACUAAAGUGACCUUACCAAAUGGACCUUAGUCACGGUUGUAUAAUAAAUUAAACACAAAUAAAUACAGUCUGUUCAAUGGG